AUGUCGGUGCCCCACGGACCCACCCGGGCUCCUGUCGCAGAGCCUCACACCCAGGAGCCAGGCUCGGACAAGAGAGAUGGUCGCCUCUCAGUUUGUACAAAGGUGUGCUAUGGCAUUGGUGGGAUCCCCAACCAGGUGGCCUCCAGCGCCUCAGCCUUCUACCUACAGCUCUUCCUACUUGAUGUGGCCCAGAUCCCCGCUGCCCAGGUGUCACUUGCCUUGUUCGGAGGGAAGGUGUCCGGGGCAGUUGCGGACCCUGUGGCUGGCUUCUUCAUCAACAAGAGCAGAAGGUCAGGGUCUGGACGGCUAAUGCCUUGGGUGCUGGGCUGCAUGCCCUUAAUCGCGCUGGCCUACUUCUUCCUGUGGUUCCUGCCCCCCUUCACCAGCCUGCGUGGGCUCUGGUACACCAGCUUCUACUGCCUGUUCCAGGCCCUGGCUACGUUCUUUCAGGUGCCCUACACUGCGCUCACCAUGAUCCUCACCCCGAGUCCCAGGGAGCGGGACUCUGCCACGGCGUACCGGAUGACCAUGGAGAUGGCAGGAACACUGAUGGGAGCCACUGUCCACGGGCUCAUUGUAUCCAGUGCCCAUGGGUCCCAUAGAUGUGAGGGUACUGUGCACCCUACGGGUACUGCUGUCUCCCCAGAUGUAGCUCGACUCUACUGUAUUGCAGCCGCUGUGGUUGCGUUGACUUACCCUGUGUGUGGCAGUUUGCUGUGCCUAGGAGUGAAGGAGCAACCAGACACUUCUGCCCCAGCCUCAGGCCAAGGCCUGAGCUUCUUCACAGGCCUGGCCAUCACUUCCCGGCACCCACCCUACCUGAACCUGGUGGUCUCUUUCUUGUUCAUCUCAGCUGCUGUCCAGGUGGAACAAAGUUACUUUGUCCUGUUCUGUACACACGCCUCUAAGCUACAUGAUCACGUCCAGAACUUGGUGCUAACCAUACUGGUCUCGGCUGUGCUGAGCACCCCACUGUGGGAGUGGGUUCUCCAGCGAUUUGGGAAGAGGACAUCUGCAUUCGGGAUCUGUGUGAUGGUGCCCUUUUCUAUCUUGUUGGCUGCCGUGCCCUCAGCACCGGUGGCCUACGCUGUGGCCUUUGUCUCUGGCGUGAGCAUUGCUGUGUCCCUGCUGCUACCUUGGUCCAUGCUGCCAGAUGUGGUGGAUGACUUCCAGCUGCAGCACCGGCAUGGCCCAGGCGUGGAGACCAUCUUCUACUCAUCCUAUGUCUUCUUCACCAAGCUGUCAGGCGCGGGCGCCUUGGGCAUCUCUACCCUCAGUUUGGGGUUCGCAGGGUAUGAGGCAGGAGCCUGCCAGCAAGCAGAAGAAGUGGUGGUCACGCUCAAAGUUCUCAUUGGUGCUGUGCCAACCUGUAUGAUCCUUAUUGGCCUGUGCAUCCUCCUGGUUGGCCCCACUCCCAAGACUCCAAGCCAGGACACUUCCUCCCAGCUAAGCCUUCGGAGGAGGACUAGCUACAGCCUUGCCUGA